AUGAAGGGUGAAAUGAAACAAGAAUUAACAUAUGGAGACAAGGUGGCCGGUGAUUUCAAUGGCGACAAGGUGGCGAUUUCAUUGCAUUUAAGGAUGAUAGAGUUCAAUGAUCAUAUUAAUGUCAACGGGCUACUCUCACUUAUCGGGUUGCUGAUUAUUUGCUUAUUGGUCCCAUUUUGGGUUGCAAAUUUCAAAGAUGAAAAGAAAGUCGUUUUAAUGACAAAUAAAACUCAUCAAGAAAUAUGGUCGGUUAUACAAAAGGCCACAACUACAUUGCUUCUAAUGAACUCAUCGGCGAACAACUUAGCCAAAAUUGUAGCCACGUCACUUGGUAAAACCGAUGUCACGUUCUCUCACAUCCAAUCUAAGGUGGCUCCUAUAUUAUUUCAAGCACUCCUAACAAUCCCGCGAGUGUCACAAAUUUCGUACAUCAGAAAAGAUGGCUUGUUCUUUGCAUUAUACUCGCAAGCGGACCGACAAAUCUUUGCGGUCUAUUCAAAUACUUCACUUUCUAGACACCCAAAUGCGCGAAUUACUUAUCUAUGGUACACUCAGCGUGUUGAUUCCCACACCGGGAACUUAUUUGGAGAAGCUGUUGUGUUUCCUACUUUGGCUAAUGAAACAUGGUUACAAUACGCACUGAACACGACAAAUGGAUCCGCUUUAUUAGGUAACUCAUGGACUGAUGAAAAACAUCCUCUUGUCUUGAACAUAGCUCGCGUGGAUAAAAAUGGAGUUGUCUCGCUCGGGUCUGACCUCCAAUGGUUCUUAGAUAUGUUUUCGGGCAUUAAACCGUUUGGUGGCGGUUUGUAUUUGGCUACAAAAGAUGGGAAAGUUAUAAGUGAUGGGAUCCCAAACACGCGUAUUGUUUAUGAAGAAAAUGCAACGGUUUCUUUCGAGAUUUUAAAAGCAAACGGAGACCGAAUAACAUUACAACUUAAUUACGAGACGCGGAAAACUUAUGUUUUCGACGUUUCGGGAACAAAGUAUGUGUUAUACCCCUCCUCACUUGACAUCAUUGGAAUGCAAACGGUGUAUGUGUUAGCAUUACCAUAUGAUGAAGUGCAAAGCAGGAUGCAUUGGAAUCUAGUUAUCGUGUCGGUGCUUUCGUCGCUAAUGAUUCUCGCAGUCGCUAUUUCCAUGGUGUUAACAUUGAAGUUGGCAAGAAAAGAAAUGUGUUUAACAGCUGCUCUUGUCAAACAAAAGGAAAAAACACAACAAUUAGAGAGAAAAAGCAAGAAUCAAAGUGUUGCAUUUGAAACUGCUAGCCAUGAUAUUCGUGCUUCGCUAGCAGCGAUUAGCGGAUCAGUAGAGAUGUCGAUCAAUGAGAAUCAUCAAGGAUCCGAGUUAGCCACAGACUUGAGAAUUGUUCAAUCUUCUACAAAAUAUCUUCAGGGUUUACUGAACUCUAUUCUUGACACAAGUAAAAUAGAAGCAGGCAAGAUGGAGCUAGAAGAAAAACCCUUUGACCUGGUCAAAGUUGUUGAGGGUGUAGUUGACUUAUUCUAUCCAGUUGGAAUAAAAAAGGAAGUCGAUGUGAUUCUAGACGUACAAGAUGAUCUGUUGACCAAAUAUUCACAAGUCAAAGGUGACGAACGCAGGCUUAAACAAAUAUUAUCAAACUUAUUAAGCAAUGCAAUCAAGUUCACAUCAGAGGGUCAUGUUUCUGUUGGUGUUCGGGCUCGUGCAAUGAGCCAGAAUGUGCAGAGCUCGAUAACUGCCUCGGAUCAUGAUAGGUUUGAACGAUGGCGGUCGUGUUUGUUUUGUAGAAGUAAUGACAAGUGUGGUGGUGAUGUUGAAGCAGUUGAUGAAGUUGUUGGUGAUAGUAACUGCAUGGAGUUUGUGUUUGAGGUUAAUGAUACUGGAAAGGGUAUUGCAAAAGAGAAACAAGCUUCUAUUUUUGAAAAUUAUGUGCAGGUUAAAGAAACUGAACAUGAGUUUGAAGGCACUGGAUUAGGGCUCGCCAUUGUUCAAUCUCUGGUAAGAUUGAUGGGUGGAGAAAUAAGCAUAGUUGACAAAGAACCCGGAGAAAAGGGGACAUCUUUCAGGUUUCAUGUCGUUUUUAAGGUUAUCCGAUCUGAUCAACAUGUAAUUAGUGAUGAAGAAAAGGUCAACAUGUCAUCAGGGUCAAACACCGGGUCAAACACCCCCUUCUGUAGCCCCAAACGAAGAGAUUACAACUCCAGUACAGUUGUUCUUUUCAUUAGCAGCGACGAAAGACGUAAAGUGUCACAAAAGUUUAUACGCGCUAGAGGGGUUAAAGUUGUUGUAGCGAAAACUGUUGGAGAGCUUUCGGAAACUCUCAAGGAGUUUAGACAGUCCGCGAGUAAAGUAUGCUCUCCAGGUUCUUAUAUAAAUUUAAGUUUCGGGUAUUUGACAAGGCCCGGUAGGAGCCCAAAUAAGGAGGUUCCUUUAAGUGCAUUGGAUGGGACAGAUGCGUCACAGGCCCGAAUGAGUAAUCCGACCACUCAAACGGGCUUUAUAUUACUUGUGGUGGACACAACGCGGGCCAAUUUUCGUGAGCUAUGUAAGGUGGUGGCUGAGUUUAGAAAAGAGUCAAAAGAUGCUUGUUUUAGAGUUGUUUGGUUAGGAUUUAGGUGCAUGCAAGCCCAUGGGUUGGAUGAGAAGCAACUCCCACCGUCGGAUGUCAUCAUACCAAUGCCGCUUCAUGGGUCCCGGUUAUACUCGUUGAUCGAUCUUUUACCGGAGUUUAGAAGUAAGUUCCCCUGCACGCCGCCACGUGGGAACCCGCAUACACCCGAAAGACAAGUGGAAGUAGAAGAAAUCACUAGGAUUUCACCAAACAAGAGCCCAUUGAGAGGGAAGAAAGUGUUGCUAGUUGAGGAUAACUCUAUGCAGCAGAUGAUUGCCAAGAGGAUCUUUUUGAAGAAUGGUGUGAUAUUCGACAUGUGUACGAAUGGGAAAGAAGCGUUGACUUUUGUCUCCAAAGGGUUGACUGAUCAAAAAGAUCUUGGAGCUUCACAUAUUCUUCCAUAUGACUAUAUCUUAAUGGAUUGCCAGAUGCCUGUGAUGGACGGCUGUGAAGCAACAUGGCAGAUACGACAAAUGGAGAAAGAGUAUGGUGUACACAUCCCGAUCAUCGGUUUAUCUGCGCAUGGAGAAGGCGAAGAAUUAAACAAGUUCGUAAAGGGAAUCGAUAGUCAUGUUUCCAAACCAUUAAAUGAGCACAAGUUGUUGAAAGUGAUCGAAGAUCUUCAUAGCAGAAACUAA